AUGAGUGAGCGAAACUUCCAGCUCAACGCUCAGCCCAGAGAUAAGGUAGGUCGGGUGAAAUAGGACGAAAAUUCACAGUCACAAGUUUGAUAGACUGUUCAAACUUUAAUUUUCGGCAUUUUUGAUCAGAGUUAUGAAAAAAUUAAGAUUUUUUUGGCAGCUCGCGCUCUGUUUAUCCGCAGACUGCCCUUUUUUCAGCUUAUUUUCUCCGGCGAUUUGAAUGGAGAAACUUCCGCGACGCUUCAUUUGACGAAUAGAAGCGACUCUCGCCAGGCCUUCAAAGUGAAAUGCACCAGGAAUGACAUCUUCAAGAUCCGCCCGGCAGCCGGUAUCCUCGAUUUUGGACAAAGCGUUGACGUCAUCAUUACCUUCAAGUAAGUUCGUACUGUAUUUCGGCUCCUGUCGCUACUUUCCAAUUGGUUUUCGUUGGUCUUUUAGACCAAAAUCCGAUUACACACCACAGUCCGAUCGUCAUCACAUUGGCGUCUACCACAUUCCCGCUCCGGAGGGUUCAACCUGCACCGGCGCUUGGGCGGAGCAUUACGGUCCGCCGCAGGGCGAAGUUCGAAUCAAGGUUUUCUUUGAAAAAUAA